UUCUAUUUAUCCAAUUAUUAGUCUUCUGAAAGCCAUCACAUUCAUCUUAAAAUGGAGAUAUCUACAUGGACUUUGGGUGUGCUAUUAUUCCUACUACUGUCUACAGGACACUGCACAGAAAAGUCUAAACUCAAUAAAAUAUCCCCGAAGAGGCACCCUCGUUCAACAGAUAGUGGAGAGGAAGGAAAAAAAUGUGGUUAUACGUUCUUGGUUCCUGAACAAAAAAUAACAGGGCCAAUUUGUGUAAACACCAAAGGAGUAGGAGCAGAUAACAGAAAAGAUGAAAUCACAAGGAUGGACAUAGAGAACCUGAAGGAAGUAUUGUCCAAGCAGAAGCGGGAGAUUGAUAUCUUGCAGCUAGUGGUGGAUGUGGAUGGAAAUAUUGUGAAUGAGGUAAAACUGCUGAGAAAAGAAAGUCGUAACAUGAACUCCCGAGUCACUCAGCUCUACAUGCAGCUCUUGCAUGAGAUAAUCCGAAAGCGUGAUAAUUCACUUGAGCUUUCCCAACUGGAAAACAAAAUCCUCAAUGUUACAACAGAAAUGUUGAAGAUGGCAACACGAUACAGGGAGCUUGAAAUAAAAUAUGCAGCACUAACUGAUCUUGUAAAUAAUCAGUCUGUGAUUAUCUCUUUAUUGGAAGAGCAGUGCUUGCAGGUACUGUCAAGACAGGACACCGACGGAUCUCCUCCUCUUGUUCAGGUGGUGCCACAGCACAUUCCUAACAGCCAGCACUAUACUCCCAGCCUUUUGGGAGGUAAUGAGAUACAGAGGGACCCAAGUUAUCCUAGAGACAGAGACAUAAGGCCACCACCUGAUCCAGCUACUUCUCCUACAAAAAGUCCUUUCAGGAUACCACCGCUAACUUUAAUCAAUGAAGGUCCUUUCAAAGACUGUCAACAAGCUAAAGAAGCUGGGCAUUCCAACAGUGGGAUUUAUAUGAUCAAACCUGAAAACAGCAAUGAACCAGUACAGUUAUGGUGUGAGAACAGUCUGGACCCUGGAGGCUGGGCAGUUAUUCAGAAAAGGACAGAUGGAUCUGUCAAUUUCUUCAGGAAUUGGGACAGUUACAAGAAAGGAUUUGGAAAUGUUGAUGGAGAGUACUGGCUGGGACUAGAAAAUAUUUACAUGCUUACCAAUCAGGACAAUUAUAGGCUAUUGAUUGAACUAGAAGACUGGAGUAAUAAGAAAGUCUAUGCAGAAUACAGCAGUUUUCGCCUGGAGCCUGAAAGUGAAUUCUAUAGGCUGCGUCUGGGAACUUACCAGGGAAAUGCAGGGGAUUCCAUGAUAUGGCACAAUGGAAAACAAUUUACAACACUGGACAGAGAUAGAGAUACAUACACAGGAAAUUGUGCCCAUUUUCACAAAGGAGGCUGGUGGUAUAAUGCUUGCGCACAUUCUAACCUUAACGGAGUGUGGUACAGAGGAGGUCAUUACAGAAGCAAAUAUCAAGAUGGGAUUUUUUGGGCUGAGUACAGAGGAGGUUCUUAUUCCCUGAAAGCAGUUCAGAUGAUGAUCAGACCCAUUGACUGA